AUGAGUCAUAGUCCUGGUGAUGCACUUAAUGACAUUUAUAUUCUUGAUACAUUAAAAUUUACUUGGACACAAGGCUCUAAUGUUAAUGCGCCAACUUCACGUGGUGACUUUACAGCUACACUAAUAAAUAAUGGCCUUAUACUUUAUUUAGGAGGUGACAAUAUUAAUAUAUUCAAGAUUACUGGUGGUGAUGAAAUAAGUCCUAGAAUCUUCCACUCUGCUGUAUUAUCGCCAGAUGGGCAUGUUAUACUCUAUGGUGGAAAGGGUCCUACAGAUCAAAAUGAAUUGUUAGCUUCAUUAGACACGACUGUUAACCCGUAUAAAUGGUCAGCUAAACCUAUGAUCGAAAAAAAAACCAAUUAA